AUGACUAGCACAACUCUUGUCGACAAGCCAAAUAUCGGUGUCUUCACCAACACAAAACAUGACCUGUGGGUCUCAGAAGUAACUCCUUCUCUCGAUCAAGUCAAGAGUGGCCAAGGAUUGAAGGCUGGAGAGGUGACAGUCGAGGUCCGAAGCACAGGAAUUUGCGGAUCCGACGUCCACUUCUGGCAUGCGGGUUGCAUUGGUCCUAUGGUGGUCACCGGAGACCACAUCUUGGGCCACGAGUCUGCCGGCCAAGUGAUCGCCGUCGCCCCCGAUGUCACCCACCUGAAGCCUGGCGAUCGCGUUGCCAUCGAACCCAACAUUAUCUGCAAUGCUUGCGAACCCUGCUUGACCGGUCGCUACAACGGGUGCGAAAAGGUCCGCUUUCUUUCCACUCCUCCCGUCGAUGGUUUGCUGCGGCGCUAUGUCAACCAUCCCGCUAUUUGGUGCCACAAGAUUGGCGACAUGAGCUACGAAGAUGGUGCACUCCUAGAACCUCUCAGUGUGUCUCUGGCCGCGAUCGAACGCAGCGGACUUCGACUGGGUGACCCAUGUCUGAUUACUGGUGCUGGCCCCAUUGGUCUCAUCACUCUUCUCAGUGCCCGCGCCGCCGGGGCAUGCCCGAUCGUCAUCACGGACAUUGAUGAGGGACGGCUGGAAUUUGCCAAGUCACUGGCUCCCGAUGUUCGCACUUACAAAGUGCAGAUUGGUCUUUCCGCGGAGGAGAAUGCAAGUGGCAUUGUGAAAACGUUCAACGACGGAAAGGGCUCUGGUCCUGAUGCCCUUAGGCCCCGCCUGGCGCUGGAGUGCACUGGUGUGGAGAGCAGUGUCGCAUCCGCGAUUUGGAGCGUCAAGUUUGGGGGCAAGGUCUUUGUGAUUGGCGUGGGUAAAAAUGAGAUGAAGAUCCCAUUUAUGCGUCUUAGUACUCAAGAGAUCGAUCUGCAGUAUCAGUACCGCUACUCUAAUACCUGGCCCCGUGCCAUUCGCCUGGUGGAGAACGGAGUCAUUAACCUUAAGAAGCUCGUCACGCACCGCUACACCUUGGAAGAUGCCAUCAAAGCGUUUGAAACCGCCUCAGACCCCAAGACAGGAGCAAUCAAGGUCCAGAUCAUGAGCUCCGAAGAAGAUGUUAAGGCUGCUUCGGCUGGUCAGAAGAUCUAG